CGCGCUGGGGUCGUAACGAUAGCAACAGCGGUGUGGAGGAGGGCUGGGCGGUCGGGGCCGGGGUCCUGGAGUGUGCGCGGAGCCCAGGCAGACCGCGAAGCUCCUGAACCUGCCUGCGGACUGAAGAUGGAACAGUCCCAAGGGAGUCUCCCAGCUAACAGUGGCCAUGCAGGUGACAUUGUCAUAGAAAAGUUCUGGGUUGGAUCCACAGAGUCCGCCUCCCAUGCUCAGCUGGCCUGCAGCACACAGCUCUGUGCCUUCCCUCUGGGUGGAAAUGGACUUUGCAUACGGAGCACCAAGGACCCUUCUGAUCAGUUUCUAAUCCUACAAGGACAUGAUCAGCCAAUUACUGCUGUGGCUUUUGGAAAUAAAGAGGACCCGCUUCUGAUCUGCUCUGCAUCCCUGGACUGUAUUAUAGUGUGGAGCCUGCAAGAGUGUAGAGAGAAAGUACUUCAAGGGCUGGCCCCUCGAGGGACUACCGUGGGCAUGCUUUCCAGAGCAGUGCUGUAUUUAAGGUGGAGCCCAGAUGAUCAAAUUGUUGCCACAUGUGCUGGAAACAGAAUAUUCCUACUGGAUGUCAAGGGUCUGUCUGUACUGGCUGAGCUGGGGGGCCACCUGGGCCCAGUGACAGCAGUGGAGUUCUGUCCGUGGGAAGCAGAUACCAUCAUCUCAGUGUCUGAGGACAGAAGCUUUAAGGUCUGGGACUGUCGUACAGGAUUGGUGACAUACACUUCAUCUGUGUUAGCAGCGUAUCCUCUUCUAAGUUUAUUCAUUGAUGCAGAGAGCAAGCAGCUUAUUACUGGGUGUGCUGACGGCCAGCUCUGGGUCUUCAGCUUGGCCGAGAGACACCACUACCGCUGUGUAGUGCGUGUGGACCUGAAGAAGAGGAGAGAGAGCUUCUUCACUAGAAGGGUGAAGUCUGGGCUGUGCGGCCUGCCAGAGGUGCGCCUGCUUCCCUCUACAAGUGAAUUGGACACAGAAGGGGUAGAAGCAGCUUUUCCCGUCCUGAGACUCGCACCCUGCAACCUUUCACCCAUCCUAGGUUCUGAAAACAGAUUUCUUUAUUCUGGGAAUACCAAAGGCUUGUGGAUUGGAAGCUCAGCUGCUUUAUUCGUAUUUAACUUGGCAAACUUUGAAUUGGAAGCUGUUUUACACUAUAAGGAUUUUCAGAACCUCAGCAUUCAAGUUGCAGGAUCCUGUGCCAUGAUGGGCAGAACUACUGAUCAGAAGGCACUUUGCCUGCUCGCAUCCAUGUUCGGGAAGAAGUUCGCUUUGCUGGAGAUCGACCUGGCCAUGCUAGUCAAGUCUCAGCAGUGCCCUGGUGCCAGGAAGCAUCUCUCGGUGCUGGCCAGCUCCUGUGUGCUACCAACCUCUCCGCUGUAUUUUGGAAUUGUUGAGGAAAAAAGCACUAACCCUGUUGGUCAAAAACGAUCUGCUGCUCGGCGCGGCACACAGGACCAGCCCCUGGUUUUCCACAGCACUGUCCAGUCAUCAGGCUAUGCAUCAGCACCACGUGUUACUAUGUUUUCCCCAAAGACUAACUGCAAGAACAAUGAUAAAAGAUCUUCAAAAUGCAAGAGCAAUUACAAAUGCCAGGAGCUCACUCUGGAGGAUUCUCUGCCAACCAGGCUCUGCAGGCAAGUCGCUGCUGCCCUCCACCCGGCUGCCGUGUGCUGUGUUCAGUACUCAGGAGAUGGUCGGUGGCUGGCCUGUGGCCUUGCCAAUCAUCUGUCCCUUGUCUUUGAUGCCAGCCUCACUGGAGCCCCUGCUGUCUUUUCAGGUCAUGAUGGAGCCGUGCGCACUGUCUGCUGGAGCCACAACCAGAAGUGGCUGCUCUCUGUUGCCCAGGACAGGACGUUGCGGGUGUGGUCUGUUCGCCAGACAGAGCUCAUACUCUUGCUGGGCAAAGACAUGUUUUCUAAGCCUGUACAGUCUGCACAGUUUUAUUACAUAGAUGCUUUCAUAUUGUUGUCUUCUGGCUCUGAACUUCAGCUGCGGAAGUAUCAUAUUGACACGUGUAAAGAUGAGAUAAAACGGUAUAAGCAAAAGAGCUGGUCUAAGUCCGUUUGUAGGCUUUCUAUGACAGAUGGGGUGGACAUGACCAGUUUAUCAGCUGUGAACGACUUUUAUUCCCAUGUUGUACUCACGGCUGGCCGGAACAGGACAUUGGAAGUGUUCGACCUCAACGUCGGCUGCAGUGCAGCUGUGAUAGCAGAAGCCCAUUCUCGGCCUAUCCAUCAAAUCUGCCAAAAUAAAGGCUCAUCGUUUGCAACCCAACACUCCCAGGCUUAUAAUCUCUUCCUAACUUCUGCUGUUGGUGAUGGGAUGAAGCUGUGGGAUCUGAGAACCUUGAGGUGUGAGCGCCACUUUGAAGGGCACCUGAACCGCUGCCACCCCUGUGGAGCUGCCUUCAGCCCCUGCGGGCGAUUCGUGGUGUGUGGUGCUGAGGACAGACACGCUUACGUGUACGAGCUGGGCUCAAGCACUUUUUCUCACCGACUGGCAGGGCAUACAGACACUGUCACCAGUGUGGCCUUCAACCCGUCUGCACCCCAGACAACAGCCCACGCCUCCCAGCAGGAGCCAGGGUGGGAACCUGCCAGUUGCUGAGAACACACCCAGGAACUGGGGGGACCCACGGCUCUCUCACGCCCUCAGAUCACUGUGGCCAGACC